UUCUACUGGUCUUUGGAGGAUCGUCAAACAUUCAUCGGGUACCUUCAGCAGGCCGGCUGGUCAGUACGCAUUUGUGAGACAGAGGCGGAUGUCGCGAUCGCGUUUGAUUGUGGGCCAGAGGAUGUCGUAAUUUCUGCUGACAGCGACAUGUUGGGCUAUGAUUCUGUCUUGACUCUUUGGCGUCCUAUCUCUAAAUGCUUGGUCCUGGAGUACAAGCUCAACGAUGUUUGUCGGCUACUUGGAUUGACUCGAACUCAACUCACGGCCCUUGCGGUGGUGUCGUCGAACGACUACAACCGCAAUAUAUAUUCCCUGGGACCAGCAACAAACCUCUCCAUUAUCAAGAGCCUCGAUGCACCCAACACAGAGGCUAUUGUGGCCGCCUAUCUGAACCACAUCAAGGUCUCGACCAAGAACACAACAAACGAGGAUUUUCAUGUAUCCUUGCGGGUCUUUGUCGAUAAGAAGCAGACUCUUGUCUCCCAAACCUCCACUCCAGCAGGCCCGUCUUUCAACAAUCUCUGGGACAGGUUCAGAGACCUUUGCUCCCGUUACGAGCAGCUCAAGAAAAGUCGUCCGCCUCAAAGGAGCUCAACCAACGUGCAAAUCGUGCGCCUGAGAUCACCCCAGACACCGAACCGUUUCAAGGCUGUGGAGUCGCCGAUGUUCAUUAAGGAUCGUCAGACGGACUCUCAGGUUUCUUCCCUUUCCCAACCAGCUACUGGACAGCAAUCACAGCAGUUCGCCGCGGUCACCCAACAAACACAGCAGCUUGCUUUAACCACGACCCAAGGUCCGUCUUCACCUCAGGAAGAAGUCGGUCACUCUGCUUUGCCAUGAACCCGAGUUCCCAAGAAAAACUGCCCUCGAUACUCGUUUAAACGACAAGAUCGGACUAAAACGAAACGGCGAUCACCGCCAGCAAAGAUGAAACAAUACGUCUGGAAGCCUUUCAAGGAGCCUGAACCCAAGACUGAGAAACCGAAGCCAAAGCACAAGCAAAAGCCUGCGCCAAAAUCGUUAUCAACUUCAACAGCGAAAACCUACAAGUUGAAAAUCACUAGGAUGUUGGCCUACCAGCACCCGAUGACCUCUCUGCACAUCGGCACUCUAUCCGCCAAUAUCGAGCAAGCUCUUCCCAACCAAAACAGUCUCCAAUACGAGGUGAAGUCUGCCCUCUUGGAUGCUGCAAGUGAGGCGGCUCGCAUCAAGCGCAAGGCCCAGAUGUUGAUUGGGAAAUACUUAGAACGCCUGGUCGAAAAAGGACUUGAGGGACUGGAUGCUCAG